GUUAGCUUUGGCGCGAGUAAGCGAGUGCUGUGCAUUCGAGGCAUGGCCGAUUAUCGCUUCGUAAAUAUUGUGCUUAUCAUCAAAUGUCGCGAAAUCAUUUGAAUUUUGUUGUCAGUUAUUUUCGUGCACUAAAGAAGAUUUAUAUUUCGUGGUUGUUAAAUUAAUGCAUCAAGUAUGGAUGAUGAACACACUUUGCUUAAAAAAAGAAAAAAGGCAGAGAAAGAAGGAAACGUUAAAUUGCUCGUCGAAGUCUGUCGAAAAUUGGGUGAUAUUUAUUACGAUGCAAAAAAAUUUGACUUGGCUCUGGAAGCAUAUGAAAAGCAGCUAUAUGCUUGCGAAUGCGAGGAUGAUCAACUCAACUGUGCCAAGGCUCACAGGAUGAUUGGUGAGGUCCAAGCCGAAGUAGGUAAUAUUGAAAAAGCAUUGGAACACCAAAAAGAAUAUUUGCGCAUUGCAAAAGGAUUGCAAGAUUUAGUGGAAGAACAAAGAGCAUAUGCCACACUUGGUAGAACAUAUUUGUUUCAAGCAGAAAGGGAAGAUGGUCCAAAAGAUGAAAUCUUGAAAAAGUCUAAAAAUUCAUUUCAGCAAAGUAUUAAACUAUGUGAUAGAUUAAAUAACCACUUAAGUGAGAAAGAGCUGAUCAUAAUGCGUGCACGUCUACUACUUAACUUAGGUUUAGUGUUAGAGCAACAAAAAGAUCUGCAGAAGGCAUUGAACUUGAUUAGUCAAGCAGCAACUAUGUGUAAAGAGCAUAAACUCCAUGAAGAGAAGUGUCGGACUUAUAUAGCUCUUGGAGCAAUACUCGAAAGAAAAGGAGAUGUAAAAGAAGCGUUGCAAAAAUUCACAGAUGCUGCCAAAGUGGACGAUCCUUAUAUGAAAGUUGAUGCUUUGGUCUUGAAAUCAGAAUUACUUUUAAAACAAGGUGAAUGGUUUCAAGGUAGAAUUGUUCUCCAAAAAGCCUACAAAUAUAAAAAUGUAGCUUCAUCAGCUAUGGAUCCGGUUAAAAAGCUACUGAGAAUAGCUGUCGUCUUAUGCCGCAGAGAGGACGAGCUAAUCCACACCAGCGACCCGUCGCGGAGGGAAAAAAUUUACGAGGAAAUGGGUGACGCGGCCACGGAGUGCAAAUCGUUGGACAAGGCCAUAGAAUAUUACGAGAAGAUGGUGGAGUGCGCGGAGAAAACGGGAUCGCCUAAGCUGGGAGCUGCUUUAAACAGCGUCGCGCAAACUUUAAAGGAUCUCGGAAAAUUCGGCGAAGCCAUUCCCUACGCUCGUCGAGAAAUGGAGCUGUGCAAAGACCCCAAGGAAACGGCCAACUCGGCUGUGUUUCUAGCCGGUCUCAUGAGCGAUGCUCAGUACCCGCAUUCAUCCAUCAAAACCAUGUACCAGAAAGCGUUGAACUCGGCUAGGGACAGCAACGACGAACAUUUCGAGAAGACGGUCACGAAAAUUUUUAUCGAAUAUCUCGAGAAACUGGACAACGAUAUCGACGAGUCCCUGAAAAACGAGCUGAACGCCAAGUGGGAGGAACUCGACGAGCGCGUCGAGAGUCAGAACACCGACGACUUUGAAAUGGAAGGACCGGAGAUCGGCGCGGACAUCGAUCUGGACGGCCUGAGCGAUCCGGAAGUCGAGGAAAAAUUGUCCAGCAGUAUGGAGCAGCAACCGAGCAACGUAGCUCGUACGACUCGUCGGCCGAAGCGAUGCGUCGUGAAAAAAAUGAACGAGAAGGGCGAGACGAAGCUACACAUCGCGUGCAUGAAGGAGCCCGGCGAGAACGACGAGGCGAACAUCAAAGCCGUGGAGAAGCUGCUGGCGGAGGGACACCCGGUGGACGUACGUGACAAUACGGGUUGGACGCCUCUGCACGAGGCAGCCAAUUUCGGCCACGUGGAGAUCGCCAAGCUACUGCUCAAUGCCGGCGCCUCGGUCAACGAUCCCGGCGGCGAGCUCUGCGAGGGAGUGACCGCAUUGCACGACGCCGCGACCAACGGCCACUUCUCCAUGAUGCAACUGCUGCUGGAUCACGGCGCCGAUCCGAAUUUAAGGAACAGGGCCGGAGAUACCGCGUUGGAUUGCUUGUUGACGCACAAGGAGAAGAACGAUAUCGAGGGACACAAACUGAAGGAGUAUCUGUACGUGAAGAGUCGGCUGGAAAAGACGACGAAGGUCAAGAGGAAUAAGAGCAAGAGCCGCAACUCCGAUUCCGGUCGAAGGGGCGAGAAGUUGAAAGCUCUGAUCGAUGAAAACGACAGCGAUGACUCUAGUCCGAGCGAAACUUACGCGAAACCCGAAAAGAUCUCAGCUGGCGAGGACUACAAGCGCACCAUAGCCAGCCUGCAACAUCCCGGAAGAUCGCGGCAGGUGGGUGCUCAGCCAUCGGCACCCACGAAAAUCACGGCACCCCUCAUAGACAACGAGGAGAUGCUGGCUCAAGACGAAGACUGGCUCAUAGACGAUUUGGGACUGAACUCGAAGGGUGGCAGGAAGGACAAUUUUUUCGAUUACAACGGGCUGAAACUGUCCUCUUCGACUGCCGCCACGACGACAGCAACACCGGCAAAGAGAAAAUCCAUCGGCGACGAGGAGCUGAUCGAGAUGAAAAAACCGACGAAGAAGCAAAAGUUCUCCGAGGGUCUGAUCGAUGUGGAAGAAAGCGCGAGAGUCUCGAAGAGCCUCGAGUGGAGAAUUCGCGACGAGGACUUCGCGGCCCCGAUGAGCGACGAGAACAGCUGCGAGAGCACGGAAUCGACGUCCGCGAGACCCGUCGUCGUCGUCCAAAAGGAGAUCUGGCCGAGAGCCAAGAAGCGAGCGAGGCAGACGAAUCUGCUGAAGCAGGGCUUCGUCGUGCAACCUCGCGCCGUGGAGUCUCGAUCUCCCUCGCCGGAAUUCGUGCCCAUCGCGAAGACCUCGCCCGUGAUAUACAAACCCGGCCACGAGAGGCAUUCCUGGGAUUCGGGUACGGUCAGCGACUCCCUCGACUUGGACAUCCUCGUGGACGGCCAUUCGUUUCAACUGAAGCUUCACGGCAGAGAUUUGAGAAAGACCAUGACGGACAUCGAGAAUCUCAUCAGGGACAAGUUCGAGGUGAAAACCGGCUGCAGACCGAUCAUAAGAUUCAAGACCGAGACCGGUUGCUGGCUGGAACCCAACUCGACCCUCGAGCAACAAAUGCCCAAUCAUCGCAAGAUACUCAAUCUCGUGGGCGAGAUCACACAGAACGUGCUCGCGCCCAUUGUCGACAGGUACAAGAAGAUCUGCGAGAAUCUCGGUAUCGCCGUCACCGAACAGAUGGUCAAGUCACUGCGCAGCUGCGAGAACACCCUGACCUUUCGCCUGAACUCGAGCGACUCCUACGUCACGGAGGAGCUCGAUCCGCUCAUCACCUGUCUGCACUACCAGGAGAAUCUGCAGAUUUUGAAUCUCUCGACGGCGACGUUUUACCGUCGCGGCCAGCUUCUCGAUUACUGCCUGGCGCGCCUCAACAAUCUCUGCGAGCUGCAUCUGCAGUGCUGCGACAUCGACGCCGACUGUCUCGAGGCCAUCGACGCGCUGCCGGCCCAGCUGAGGGUGCUGGAUCUGUCCUACAAUCGGCUGGGCAAUCGAAGCCAGAAGAAGCUGUUUAAACUGCUCGAGCCGUUGGCUCGGCUGCAGAGGCUGGUCUUGAGAAGCUGCGAUCUGACGGCGUUCGAUUACACGUUCAGGUCGGCUUCGCUCAUCGAUUUGGACGUAUCCUGGAAUCCCGUGGGUGGUAGCGGUGCUGCCAAUUUGAUUCAGAAUCACUUGCUCAACUUGAAUCUAUCGAAUACGCAAAAGCUUAGGGAUAAUGUUAUUGACAAGAUAUUUUUCAAUGAUUCUUUGAAUUUUUCGUUUUUAACCCUGGAGUCCUUGGAAUUGUCGUGCUGCGAUGCCACCGAUUUGGACGUGGAGAAAAUUCUGUCCAAGGCACCGAACCUUACAAGAAUCAAUCUCAAUAACAAUAUUAAUGUGACAAAAACGUCGCUGUGCGCUAUACUCAGCCGAAAAACGGCUACGCAGUACGUUGACUUCAGCGAUUGUCGAACGAUCGAUUCAGCGCCAGAGUCCCGAGUGCAACUAGUGGCACCUCAGCACUGCACUGUGAGAGUUACUAUGACUCCAAAUGUGAUACAAGACUGGGAAAGGUUGUGGCUGGGCAGAGGUCGGGCAAAGAGACUGCCUGAGAAGUUGGUUGUAUUUGGACCUUUUUAAUUGAUCAAAAACAUUUAAUCAUGUUACAAAGACUGAUUAUAGAUUAAAAAUUAUCGUUUUUAAAAAAUUUUUGAUAAACUUUAAGUUGUUUUGUACAAUUGAUUGUUAAUUUUUAUUAUGAAACAAUAUGUACAGAUAUUUAAUGAAAAAAUAUAGUUAUAUUUUUCAUA